AUGCGAAUUUAUUAAUUUAACUUUACAGCAUUUUUGAUAGAAAUUUCAUUCCCUUAUGAUGAAAUUAAUCAAUUUACACUUUUUUUUACUUUUUUAAUUCAAUCUACUUCUUUUUAUUAAUUUUACAUCAACAAAGACGGCCUAAUUAAUUUUGUCAUCCUCAUUUAAUUUUAUCUUUAUAGUUCAAUAGCAAAUUAAGCCUAAAAUAUUUUUGACUUCAUUUUUGAUCCUAAAAUCUACCUAAAAUUUAUUCCUUAGUAAGCUUAAUUUUCUCAUAAUAUAAAGACUUAUUUGCACUACAGCAAUAGUGUGAGUGAUUUCAUUUAAAAGUAAAGUAAAUUAUUUUUAAAUUACACAUAUUUCAUCAUCAAUCAAUCUCACGUCAAAUACAUUUCUAUCACUAAAGCGAAUAUCUUUAAAAAUCCUUCAAACAAACACAUUAUGCUUGUUAUAAAAGAAAAAAUUCUAGAACUCUUCAUGAAAUUAUGGAAAUACAUUGAUUGCUUGAUAAACAAAGAAAAUAUAUUAAAAGAAAAUAAACUUUUGAGAUGUUGA